AAAUAAAACCUUUAGUUUAUUUAUUUAUUUACAAAUAAAAAGAAAUUUAAGUACAAGGUCACCUUCUUACGUGUUCUCGUACAAGCUCAAAUAAAAUCCAGAGCUGCGGUUUCUAACUAAGCAGUGUCAAAAUGCCGAAAGUGAGGACAAACAGGGUCAAAUACCCGGAGGGAUGGGAGUUAAUCGAGCCUACGCUUCGCGAACUCGACGGGAAGAUGAGGGAAGCGGAACUUGAUCCGCAUGAUGGAAAGAGAAAGUGUGAGGCUCUGUGGCCUAUUUUCAAAAUCACACAUCAAAAGAGCCGAUAUGUUUAUGAUCUUUAUUAUAGAAGGAGUGAGAUAUCUAAGGAGCUUUAUGAGUUCUGCUUGGACCAAGGUUAUGGGGAUCGUAACCUAAUCGCUAAAUGGAAGAAGCCAGGAUAUGAACGACUGUGCUGUCUACGCUGCAUCCAGCCCAGGGAUCACAACUUUGGCACAACUUGUGUAUGCAGGGUUCCCAAGCAUUUGAGGGAAGAGAAGGUUGUUGAGUGUGUGCAUUGUGGUUGUGGAGGCUGUGCAAGUGGAGAUUGAUUGCCCAGGGAUCACAACUUUGGCACAACUUGUGUGUGCAGGGUUCCCAAGCAUUUGAGGGAAGAGAGGUUUGUUGAGUGUGUGCAUUGUGGUUGUGGAGGCUGUGCAAGUGGAGAUUGAUUGCUACUUUGUGUGAGCCUUCUUUUUUUAUGCUACAACCUUCUGCUUAUCUGAAGCCCAGGUGUGGCAUUUGUUGUAGUAACUAAUGUAGUACUCGAUGCAGAAAAAGAUACUCGGACGGCCACCUGAAGAAGAAUGAGACUUUUGUUGUAUUUAGUUAUGCUCGUCAUGAGCAGGCUGUGUUUUUCAGAGCCUACUUUUGUUUACUGAGAAACUGAAACUGAUAGCGUGUGCAACCAAAA